AGCAACAAGAAUGUAGAGAAGCUAAUACCACUCGAAAACGCAGACAAAGAUCAACAGAGACAAGUCAACAACAUGUGCAUCGACAACUGCAAGAUUUUUCUACAAAACGGCAAAGACAUUUUAUUGAAACUAAAGAACAAAGAAGUCAUAGAAACCAAAGUGAUGCUACUUUUUAUCAUCAACAUCACUCUAACAAACCUCAGCUUAAAAAUUUUGCUCGCAAUUUUGCUGAAAUUAGUCCUGGAAUGUGUUGCUCUAAUGGAAAGAUUCAGCUUUAUAAUUCUGCUUUUACUUUCGCCUCUAUCAGUAUAACUAUCGACCCUAAGCUUGCUAAUGCUAGAAACAGUGUCUAUAUGUUUCGCACUCAAGGGUCAUUUUACUAUCGAAUUGGUUUGUUAUUGCCAAACCUCGAUUGCGAUAUUAACAGUGAACCUUCUGAUGAUGACUAUGAGGAUAAUGAAGCUCAGCAGACUACAAAUACUAGAACAAAGUGA